AUGGAUCCCGUCGUCUCCAAGACGUUCGACGAAAUGCUCAAAAGGAUAGAGGACUACGACAAGCGCUGGGGAAACUUGGAGCGGCGCUUCGACGAUGCGUCCGCCGCCCUCCAGGAGCGCGAGGAAGCCGUCGACGCCCGCCUCAUUUCGCUGGAGAGUUUCGCCUCCGCCCAAUCCGGGGACGAGCGCGACGAUCGUGUGGAGACGCUGGAGGAAGCCGUCAGCGAGCUGCAGUCGUGGCGCAUGGAGGUCGACGGCAACAUCGACGACAUCCGCUACGAUCUCCGCCGCCUUUCCAAGUCUACGUCGACGCAACCGCAGCAACCACCGCUGCAGUCGCGUCCCGAGUUGGCCGCCGCCGCGUGCCCUGGCGGAUCCACGGGCGACUGGCCCAGUGGGCACCGCGUCGCAUCGAUUACAACGGGAGCGGGGCUAUGGUUCGGUGACGACCAUUGCUCCAAACCCGGCCAAUGUCGUGAUCAGCAUGAACUCCUCCUCAGGCAACUCUUCAACAUCAAACAAACUGCUUCCGUGCAAGAGUAUGUCAACCAGUUCAUUGCUCUCGUUGAGAACCUCUCUGCUUAUACACCUAACCCAGAUAACCUAUCCUAUACCACAAGAUUCAUUGAUGGUCUUCGACCAGACAUACGUGCCAUUGUUAUAGUUCAACGUCCACAAAACCUGGAUACUGCUUGCACUCUGGCCCUUUUGCAGGAAGAGGCGGCUGCAGCUGAACCCGGGCAGUCCACCGACAUCAAGAAAACUGAGGGGUACUCCUUUUUCAAGCCUCCAGCUGCUCGUGGCCCCCUACCACUGCCACCCCCACCUCCACGUCCUGGUGGUGCAGCGGUGCACGGCGACAAGAAAGGACCUGAAGAUAAGCGUUACCCAGCCAAGCCACCUAUGGACGACCGGCUUCAGUCCCUGCGUUCCUACCGCAGAGCUCGUGGCUUGUGCAUCAGGUGCGCUGAGAAAUGGCAGCCAGGCCACAAAUGCGCUCCAGUGCUUCAGUUGCAUGCGCUACAAGAAGUAUGGAAUCUGUGUCAAGAUGAAUUUCUAGAAGAGGAAGUUUCUGAACCUGAUAACAGUGGCGAACCAGCUCAACUAUUUAUGAUGCUCUCGACAGCUGCAGCUUCCAGCCACUCGUCAGCUCGUUCUCUUCAGUUACCUAGGAAGAUUGGAGGCAACGACAUCAUCAUUUUUGUUGAUUCAGGCAGCACCCAUUCCUUUCUCAACACCUCUGUGGCCAUGAAACUUCAAGGUAUCCAACCUCUGUCAUCUCCAGUCUUUGUGCAAGUAGCUAAUGGAGGUCAGAUUGCUUGCUCCCAAGAGAUCCCAAUGGCAGAGUGGUUUGUUCAUCAGCACAAGUUCCAUUCUACUCUGAAGGUUCUUGAUAUUGGGUUCUAUGAUAUGAUCAUUGGAAUGGACAGGCUACAGGCAUUCUCUCCGAUGAAAAUCCACUGGGAACAGAAAUGGAUGCUUAUUCCCUAUGGUUCUACUCAAAUUGCUCUGCAAGGCCUGCUCGCGCCGCACGGGUCCCCAGCGCGCGGCCGCGCCAGGCUCGCCGUGUGGCUGCUCACCACCACGCUCACCGCCGACUUCACCUGGAAGGUCGGGGCGGUCGCCUUCGUCGGCGUGUCCCACCUGAACCUGAUGCUGCUCUUCUGUGCGCUCCGCAGCAUCGAGCUCGCGCCGCAUGGGUCCCCCACGCGCGGCCGCACCAGGCUCGCCGUGUGGCUGCUCACCACCACGCUCACCGCCGCCUUCAUCUGGAAGAUCGAGGCGGUCGCCUUCGUCGGCGUCUCCCACCUGAACCUGGCCCUGCUCUUCUGCGCGCUCCGCAGCUUCGAGCUCGCGCCGCACGGGUCCCCCGAGCGCGGCCGCGCCAGGCUCGCCGUGUGCCUGCUCGCCGCCGCGCCUGGAGGAUCUCCGCAUCGGCUGCGUCGGGGAGCGUUCGAUCAGGGCGCCUUACACGUGGCAUCCAUCGCGAGCAGGUAUACACAACAUGUGGGUUUGCUUUGCUCAGUUGCUGCUUUGUUGGGGUUAUGUCUUUAA